AUGGCAUCCCAAAGAAUAGCCGUUGUUACAGGAGGAAAACGAGGUAUUGGUUUCGAGAUAUGCAAACAACUUGUUUCUUCGGCUCGUGAUCUUCUAGUUGUAAUAACAGCAAAAGACGAACAAAAGGGUCUCCAAUCUCUUGACAAACUUAAAACUUUAGGUUUGUCUGAAAAUGUAGCGGUCCGGCAACUUGAUGUUAAAAAUCCCGACAGUAUCGCAUCAUUUGCAGAUUUUAUCAAGACUAAGUUUGGAAAACUCGAUAUAUUGGUGAACAAUGCAGGGGUGAAUGGAAUCAUUGUCGAUGAGAAGAACUUGAACGUCAAAGCUGAUGAGGCUACGGGGGGAGUAAAGGCAUAUAUGACAGAGCAAAUUAUGUUGCAAACAUACGAAACAGCCAAAGAUUGCAUUGAAACUAAUUAUUAUGGGACCAAACAUGUCACCCAAGCUCUUUUACCGUUUCUUCACUUGUCCACUUCGCCAAGGAUCGUCAAUAUUUCUACCGGGAUAUCAAAACUUGAGAAUAUUAAAGAUGAAAAUAUGAAAAAAGUGCUUAGUAACGUUGAUGGACUUACGGAGGAGGUCUUGGAUGAGGUUGUGAACGGAUUUUUACGCGAUGCUAAAGAUAAUUUGCUGGAGGAGAAGGGGUGGGACGAACCAUUUUCGGCUUACAUCGUUUCUAAAACUGUUAUUAAUGCAUAUACUAGGGUUCUUGCUAAAAAGUACCCGUCUUUUCGUAUAAAUUCAGUUAAUCCUGGUUUUACGAAGACGGUCAUGACCCAUUAUCAGGGGAUCUACACACCCGAUGAAGCUGCUAAAGGUCCGGUCCGGCUAGCUUUGAUACCUGAUGAGGGUCCUUCUGGUCGUUUCUUUUUUCAAACAGAAGAAACGAACUUUUGAAAUCGCAAUGUAUCGGUAUGUAGUCAUGUUUUGGUUGGACUAUUAUUAUAAGUACAUUGUCUUUUUUUUUUUCAAGGAAGAGAAUGUAUAAUUAAAUUGAACUUCCAUUAGCCCAUGAUUCCCAUGAUUAUGUUCCCUUAAUGUAAUUGUAUGCUUAUUUAAAAGGUUAUUAUUGUUUUGAGUUGGGAUAUGAAUGAAAAAUAUGAAAAUUAGUCGUC